AAUGACUAUUUAGCCAGUUUAAGUUGAGAUCAGACUCUGAAAGCGGAACUAUUGUGUGAUUUUGGCAAUGCAGAUAUUUUAUGGCCGCCUCCUGUUGCCACUUUUGGCAUUGUGGUUCUCUGUUCAAUUUGUCUCAGCGAAACAUACCGUGAUUACACGGCGCUACAAUUUCACCAUCCAAAUGACGAAUGUGACCCGCCUUUGCACUACGAAAGCUCUCUUGACUGUGAACGGGCAAUAUCCAGGGCCUGUAAUAGUUGCUCGAGAAGGAGAUCGUGUGGUUAUCAAAGUAACAAAUAAUGUUAAAAACAAUGUUAGCAUACAUUGGCAUGGAAUUCGGCAGCUUAGAUCUGGGUGGGCGGAUGGUCCUGCUUAUGUCACUCAGUGUCCAAUCCAAACCGGGCAAAGUUAUGCGUACAAAUUUAUUAUCAAAAGGCAGAGAGGAACACUGUGGUGGCAUGCCCACAUCUCAUGGUUGCGAGCGAGCAUACAUGGGGCCAUUAUCAUCUAUCCCAAAAAGAAUGCUUCUUACCCAUUCCCUCGCCCACACCAGGAAGUGCCUAUUGUUUUUGGGGAGUGGUGGAAUGCAGACACUGAGACUGUUAUCAAUCAGGCAAUGCAAAGUGGUGCCCAAGCUAAUGUUUCAGAUGCAUAUACCAUCAACGGACUCCCUGGACUUAUGUAUAACUGCUCUACCAACGAUACAUUCAGGCUCAAAGUGAACCCUGGGAAAACUUACCUACUGCGUAUAGUUAAUGCUGCCCUUAAUAGUGACCUGUUUUUCUCAAUAGCCAACCACACAUUGACUGUGGUAGAAGCGGAUGCUGUGUAUGUCAAGCCUUUCCAAACCAAUGUUAUUCUGAUCACUCCUGGUCAGACUACCAACGUCCUCUUGACAGCUAUGUCUCAGCCACCCAAUGCCACUUUCCUCAUGUUAGCAGGCCCAUUCGCUACGGGAACAGCAGCUUUUGAUAACUCAAGCAGUGCUGGAGUGUUAGAGUAUGUGACAGCAGUUAAUUCAUCCUCAUCCUCUCUUCCUAUGAUGAAACCGACGCUUCCAGCCCCCAACGAUACCUCCUUUGCCACCAAUUUUAGCCAAAAGAUGAGAAGCUUGGGCAAUCCGAAAUUUCCAGCAGCAGCUGUCCCUCAGAAGGUGGAUAAACAGUUCCUAUUCACAGUGGGAUUGGGGCUAAAUCCGUGUCCCCAAGGACAGACAUGUCAAGGCCCCAACGGUACCAAAUUUGCAGCCUCCAUUAACAACAUAUCCUUCAUUCUUCCUACCACCGCUCUUCUUCAAGCAUACUACUUUAAUCAGUCCAAUGGAGUUUACAAUACCACUUUCCCUGACAAUCCGCCAUUUCCUUUCAACUACACCGGCACGCCGCCUAACAACACACAGACCCUCAACGACACCAGAGUGGAAGUGCUUCCCUUUAACACUACCGUACAGCUAGUUCUGCAGGACACCAGCAUUGUGACCUUCGAGAGCCAUCCUCUGCAUCUGCACGGCUUCAACUUCUUUAUAGUUGGUCAGGGUACGGGAAACUACAAUGCAAGCACGGACCCUUCUAAUUUUAAUCUGGUGGAUCCUCCGGAGAGAAACACAGUUGGAGUUCCCAGUGGAGGUUGGGUGGCUCUCAGAUUCCUAGCUGAUAAUCCAGGAGUAUGGUUUAUGCAUUGUCAUCUCGAGCUGCAUACCAGUUGGGGAUUGAAGAUGGCGUGGAUUGUUUUAAAUGGAAAUGGGGGCAGAUCCCAAUCUCUUCUUCCUCCGCCCAAAGAUCUUCCCUCCUGUUGAUCACUUAACCUAUAGAUGUCUUCAAAUUCAUCAUGCAACGUGUGCUUAGUUUUCUAAAUCUCAAUGCUACCAAUUUUGUGUCUGAAGAAGAAAGAGGAUAUAUAUGUCUGUGUUCCCUAAUAUACAAGAGCGAAGAAUGUGUCUGUGCCUGAUUACUCAAACAUGCUAUGUAAGUGGUACAUCCUAUAAUAAGGGCCAAAUUUGUAUGUUUUCAAAAUGAAACAGUUUUAAUUGAUUUUUGUCCCAUAUUUGAA